CAUGCUGAUGCUGAUAAAAUUGUAAUUUUGUCUCCCGACCUGGAUAGUGGAGCCUUCCCUUUGAAGGAAAACUGAACUAGGAUGUGGAGCGCUGUUAUGCAUAACAUGUCAUUAGAUCACAAAUCGCUAAACAGGCAUUAGCAAAUGAUGCUCUUAGCAAUUAACCUUCUGCCUUUCUAUAUUACCACAAAUACAGCUGAAAAUUGUAAAUAAUUCAGAACACUCGUUAGACUCAUCUUGUUAUACUGUUUCGCUCACAAAGGUGCACUUAUAAGUGGAGCCCAGAUUGCAGUGAUCAGUGACACGGGCAAUCAUGUGGCUCUCUUUAUUCUCUCUCAGACCUUUUGGUGCCCUCAUCUGCCUUUCUCUCCGUCUUUCUCUCCGUCUGUCUCUAACGCUAUCACAAGUGGAGGGCUGUUCCUGUUGGUGUCAUAUGAUGUCUUGUGGCCCUGUAGUGGUAGCAGAACAGUGACAGUUCUAUCCCUGCGCCAUCUAAUCGACACGCCGCUCGUUGUCACAUGCACUGUGAUCAUAAAUCAGGUCACUGACAGUACCAGCCCUUAGCCAUGUGCUCCUGCUUACGUCUUUAGUGUACUGCUGAAAAGCUGCACUCACGUUUUGGUUUUUUGACCCUUUUUUUGGUCACUUUCCACGACUCUUUCGCCGUGAAUGUUAUUGUUUAGCUUUGUUUACCUUUAAUUAUUCGAACAAGAAUGUAAGAUGAUAGGAAAGCUUUAUACGAGCAGAGAAAACAAGUUGGGAAUGACUGAACAGCUGAUAGGAUGAACUCUAGAUGUGACUUUCAUGUGACAACCUGAAAAGAAUCAGUGUUUCACCAGCCAGCAUCCUGCUCGGCAAAGAGAGGGUGCUCAUCAAGCUCCUUCUGCUGGUGGAGAUCAUUUGUUUCUGUGGCACAUGAUCGCCGCCGCUGCACAAAUUAUGUCGUUCCACCUUCCACUUGUUGUCCUCUCCCUUUCUGGCCUAGUUUUUGUGCGAGCUGGUCUUUGUUGUUGUGAUUUUCUGUCGUGAAAAGAAAAAAAAAAAGCAACACAAAACAGAAAAAUAAUACAGCAGCAAAGCAUCGUAAUUAUGACUCUUUGAUGACUCCCUGUAUUUGUUUUGUACUCUUUGUUGUUUGCUUCAACAGGUUUUCUCACUUUGCACAGAAAAUAAAAAGCUGGGUACUUUGCCUCUCAAGAGCAUAGUAAGGGGAAUUGGUUCUCUUGAGACUGGUCUAACAACUCAGUGCUGUCGCACCCAAUUUCUGGGCUAUUUGACCCAUUAGAUGUCAGUGCUUGGGAAACAAACAGGCAGUGCUAAGAGGUUUGAUGGGCAUAAUAGUGUGGACUUAGUGAUGGAUGGUGCCAUAGUUAAAGUACAAAGAGUCCAAGAAUGUUUUAAAUCUCACUUUCUGCACUCUUAUUGGACUCUUUUACCCGACGUGCUCUAUAUGUUUUUCUUUAAUAAAGACUGAAAUAUAAUCAGAACGGAAAUAAUAGAAUACAAGCCAAAAAUAAGUGAACAGUAAAAGAAUUAAUGAGGUGAUGUAAUAUAAUAUUGAUAAAUAUAGAAAAAAGUAACACCAAUCAUGAGAAAACACGUUUGUGUUGUUUGAAACGAUAUCAGCACAAUCCCCGGUAGUUACUGGCAGAUGUUUAGGUCACAGAUUUAUAUUGUUUCCUGAUUGCCAUCUGAACUUUGAGGAUUCAGUCAUUUAUCUCUAAAGGCACCAAUUUCUAAACAUCAAAUGAAAGAGGAAAAUCAGAAUUAAAACAUAAAUCAAGCAACGCAUGCAAAGCAGUGUGCAAAUGUGACAUCACCACAAAUGACUGAAUCCUCAAAGUUCAGAUGGCAAUGGAGGUUUAUUUAUAUAGCGCAUUUCAUUAUACUUCAACUCUACUUAGGUGAAUGCAAAAUAGAAACAACGCAUAUUAAUAGUACUUUUUUCAUUUUUGCCCUACUUUAAAAAAUUGAUUGCAUUUUUUUUUUUAAAUCACUUUUGAGCACAACCCUACAAGAGUUCAAACUAACGUCUUCAUACGUAGAUGUCACUUUGCUGUUAAAAGAGGUUAUUAACUCUGGCGUUGCUUUGAAUUUCUGGUUAUAGUUGUUGCUCCUUUGUUCUGCGACUCUUCAUUGUUGACACCUCCCUUCUGACUGCUCAAAUUGCAAAAUUGUACCCGAGACUGAGGUUGUGAGUACCUGGGGAGUAAGAAUGCUGUGGCAGAGCUUUAGCCUCAUGUGCACGCCAGUAUUGAUCCGUGCAAGCCUCAGUGACUGUUGCUACAGAGCAGGCUUCGCUCAUGGUACAGGACUCCCACCUGUCACCAGUCGGUGGCAGCUAAUGAGGAAAAGCAGCCCAUCACACACUAGUACAGCACACACACACACACACACACCCAUCAGCUUCUGGGAUAACACACUGCCACCAAUUCUGCCCUCUCCUCCUGCCUCACCCAGGCACCCCCUUCUCCCUUCUUGCCCCCCCUACCCCCCACCCCCUCUUUUUUACUCUGCCUCUUUCUCUACCUCACUUUUCCUCUAAUGAGUUGCAACACUGAUAACGAGCCUGAUGAUCUUCCAUUGAUUCAGCUAUCACUUGCUUGUCUGGUAAUUGAUCCGUAGCUGAGCCUCUAGUUAAUUAUAUGGGCUUCGACAUGGACCCCUGCCCCGGGGGGAAUUCUCAAGUCCUGCACAAUAAUAGUUUUAAUAAAGGAGCCUGAGGAUCUCCAGUAUCCCCUUUUUUCCCACCCUUUUCCUGCUUUCACAGAUUUUUCAUCUUUCUAUUUCCUCUUGCCUCCUCUUUCCAGCCCCCCCUUCAAAAUUUCUUCAUCUCUGUAUUUUUACUUCUGUCUCUCUCUCUCUCUCUUUCUGUGUUUUUUUUUCUUUGUUUCCGCUGUCAUCAUGACCAUUUACUAUCGGCAGAAGCAAGGUGGACGGGGUAGGGGGGUAAAAAGAGGGGAAAGAAAUGUGGAGGAAGAGUGAGCAAUAUCUGCAGAGUCCACUCCUCCCUCUCACAAAUAACAGCCAUUAACCAGCCAGGUCAGAAGCUGAGCCACCAGCUUGACUUGAAACACUGAGUGCCACUCGAAAAACCCACAGACUAGCACAUUUACAGGAGAAUGGGGUGGAGGGGUGGAGGGAGCAGAAGGAGAGAGGAAGAGAAAAAAACUGGAAAGCAAAAAGGAACCUUGGCGGCUAAAUUGUCACUUAAUAUAAUUAGCCUAAGCCUCGUGCAUUACCUUUUCAAUAAGUUGUUAAGAGCAGAGCUGGUGGUACAUGGACAAGAGGUGACACAUUAUGCCUUUUACAACAAUGCUUCUCGUGGCUACUGACAAGGCACGGGCCAGCAUGCAAAAAGAUGAAUGAAGAAAAGAAUUGAAAAGGAAGGGAGCAGCGGAAGGUAUUUAGAGGUGGAGGGGGGAAAAAUUACAAGAGACAAAAAAGCAGAGGAUGAAGAUGUAGGCAGGCAGCAAGAAAGGAGCGAAGAUGUAAAUUGAGCUUGAGACAAAAGACACAAUUGCACAUUUUCAAAGUGGCGAGACACACACUGCACACUUUUCUCUCUGCUGGCAGAAAUCACCUGUACAUAACAGUAAUGACCGGUGUGAUAAUCUCAGCAAAGGUUAACGGUGUACCACCAUUAGUACAUAGUACAAAAGGCUUUUAACAGACAACCAAGAAGCUGUCUGCCGCAAUUUACCACAAAAUUUGAAGUGACUUUAUAUAUCACAAGCCAUUUAAUGUAGCUGAGGAGAGAAGUUCUGUCCGUGUCCCUUUCUCUUUUGUUCCUCGGCAAUGAAAAAGAUCACUGUGACAUCUCCCUCUCGCUGCGGACUGAGGCACCUGGUCUGUCAUUUCUCUAAUGAUAGUGGGGCGAAAAGACGGGGUGGAGAAGACAAGAUGGGAGAUUUAAAGUUUAAAAAAAAAGGGGAAAGGAAAGGAGAAGGAAGGAGGGAGGGAGAUGGGUGUCUUCAUUGUUUGAGAUGUGUCCUAUGCUGUGUCAAAGGAAGCAUAGAUCUUUUCCCUCUUUUUUUUUGUCUUAUCCUCCUGUGUGUCUUUUUCUCUGUGUCUGCCUCCCUUUACUCCUCCAUCCCUCAUUUUAUUCCCCUUACCUUUGCUGCUGUGGGGACCAAUUUGGCUAAAAUGGAACCUCUUCCUCAUUUUUUUCUUAAUUAAAAUCUGAGAGCCUCCGCGGAGGAGGAGGAGGAGGAGGAGGAGGAGGAGAGGGGAGAGAGAGGAGGUGCCUGUGAGCAUGUGUGUUCGUGUGCAUGCUGGUGGCAGAUUGCCUGCGUUCCAUUAGUCUUUCAUUAGAGUCGGUGAAAAUCAAACAAAGGCACGAGAGUUUUAAAAGAUGUAUCAAGGCUGGCAUCUUUGCUUGUUUUAAAAAAAUAUAUAUAUAGAGAGAAAGAUAUAUUUAUAAUUAUCUAAUGAAAAGAACACCAAAAAAUGUUGAUCAGCUGUGAUAAAAAAAAAAAAAAACAGUUUUUUUGCAGAAUACAAACCUGAUUUUUCUUUCCUGAAACAAAGAAACUUGAAAACACCAAACAGAAGUGGCUCUUUUUUCACAUGGAAGGCAACAACUCAGCUCCUUUGCUUAGCACUGUGUAUAGCUGUGUGUGUGGGGGGGGUCUGUGUGCGUUCAUAUGCGUGUGUGGCAGGACGGUCCCACAGGAGAACUAAGUUGCUCUGAGACGUGCUGGCCGCUCGCAGCGCAAAUGGUAAUAAGGCGGGGGGAGACAAACGCUCCCCUCCUCCCGAUCUGUGAGGGAGCUUGCCCCCACCUAUCUGCGUCUAGCAGAGGAGGGGUGUGUGUGUGUGUGUGUGUCUGCGUGCAAGUGUGUCGAAGUGUGCAGCACGAUGUCACUGAGUAUCUCACAGUGGAGCGGCGGAGUUGACUCAGUUGAGCUGCACUGGCCUGACACACACACACACUCUCUCUCUCUCUCAGUCUCGCACACACACUCAGCGAGCCACCGUCUCUCUCACUGGCUCGCUCUCGCACACACACACACACACACACACACGCUCAGGCGCUCAGUUCAGUUCCUCCGUGGCUGCGGCGGAGUACAGAGGAGUCAGAGAGAGAGAGAGAGGCAAGAGGAGAGGGAAAGAGAGAGGACAGUCGGCAGCACAGACGUUGAGAGAGCGACACAUUCACAGAGACACAGAGAGAGAGAGAGAGGCUAAGGGAGAGAGAAAAGGAGAGAGAGAGAGAGAGAGGAGCGGGAGGCAAGGAGAGCUGGAUUGCUGGUGGCUCACUCCCACACCUCAUCUUCACUUUGCUGGGACAGACACAGAAUUGAUGUCCAAGGAGGCAGAGUUGGAUGUGAGAGGCAGUGAGUGUGACACGGUCCCACCAGAGCCCAGCAGAGACCCAGAGUCGCCCAGGCCACCUCCAGCUAAGGCUAACGGACCCACGGACACAGCUGGCAUUUGCACGAGCAUCAUCUCAAGUAGCCACAGUAGUAGUAGCAGCAGCACCACCAGCAGCAGAAGUGGUCUGGGUGGCGUAAGCAUCGUUAGCAGCAGCGCUGAGGGAGCAGGCGCGAGCUCCAUGCAGUUCAGCACCAGACCGCCUAGUGCUGAGCAGCCGGGCUUCAUGGGGACAUGGCAGCAGCAGAGCACUGACAGCAACCUCCUCUACAGAAUGUCCCAGCAGGGUGCUGUAACGCGGCUUCCUUUGAAGUGCGACAGGUCGACUAUGGGCCGAGAUCUGGAAGAGGCCAUUCGCUGCACACUGGUGAACUGCACGUGUGAGUGUUUCCAGCCAGGGAAGAUUCACCUACGAACAUGUGACCAGUGCAAACAUGGCUGGGUAGCUCAUGCUCUGGACAAGCUCAGCACCCAGCAUCUCUACCACCCGACCCAGGUGGAGAUCGUUCAGUCCAAUGUAGUGUUUGACAUCAGUAGCCUGAUGCUGUACGGCACCCAGGCGGUACCCGUCAGGCUCAAGAUCCUUCUCGACCGCCUUUUCUCCGUGCUCAAGCAGGAGGAGGUGCUGCACAUCCUGCAUGGCUUGGGCUGGACCCUCCGAGACUACGUCAGGGGCUACAUACUGCAGGAUGCUGCAGGCAAGGUGCUGGACCGCUGGACCAUCAUGUCCAGAGAAGAAGAGAUCAUCACCCUCCAGCAGUUCCUGCGCUUUGGUGAGACCAAGUCCAUUGUGGAGCUGAUGGCCAUUCAGGAGAAGGAAGGUCAGGCAGUUACAGUUCCUUCUUCCAAGACAGACUCCGGGAUAAGGACAUUCAUUGAAAGUAACAACAGGACCCGUAGCCCGGGGCUCCUUACACAUCUGGAAAAUAGUAGCCCAUCCAGCAUCCACCAUUUUGAAAAUAUCCCCAACAGCUUAGCCUUCCUGUUGCCCUUCCAGUACAUCAACCCAGUCUCUGCCCCCAUGCUUGGCUUGCCCCCCAAUGGCCUCCCAAUGGAGCAAUCUGGUCUGCGGCUCCGGGAGCCCAGCCUGCCAAACCAAGGAGAACAAGUGGAAACCAGCGAGUCAGAAGUGUCCCUAUCACCAUUCCGCACAGGUCCAAGUCCUAGUCGUGGAGCGCUGGGAGCCAUUAACAACAACGCCGAACCCAAGACAGAGCCCAACAACCGGGCAUCUCCCAUCUCACCAACCCCUUCUACCCAGCAGGCUCAACAGCAGCAACAGCAGACACAGCUUCAGCAGCAACAGCCACAGGGCCAACAGCAGUCCCAAAAUCAACCUCAGCAACCUAACAGCUUGAGUGACCACCCGGUCCACCACCAUUUCAUAAAGGACGAGCAGUCAAAAACAAUCACCCAUCCUUCCUUUUCCUCCAAGAUGCAUCGCAUGCGCCGCAUGGGAGCCACCUCACGCAAGGGUCGCGUUGUCUGCAACUCUUGUGGAAAAACCUUUUAUGAUAAAGGCACACUUAAGAUACAUUAUAAUGCUGUACACUUGAAGAUUAAACACCGUUGCACCAUCGAGGGCUGCAAUAUGGUGUUCAGCUCACUACGCAGCCGCAAUCGUCACAGUGCAAAUCCCAAUCCACGGUUGCACAUGCCCAUGCUGCGCAAUAACCGUGACAAGGACCUCAUCCGUGCCAAUUCUACCACUGGCACACCUGUCAUCUCGAGCACCAAGAACGGUGGUUUCACACUCACUAGCCCUGGAAGGCCACCACUGGGCUUCACCACUCCACCUGUAGACCCUAUGCUUCAGUCGCCUCUGCAAAGUCCACUGGUGUUCCCCUCCUUGAAAUCAGUGCAGCCAGUUCAACCAGUGCCCCCAUUCUACCGAACACUACUGUCCCCUGCAGACCUUGUUAGUCCUCCAGUGUCACUGCCCACCAGCCCCAUCAUGCCCACCACUACCAACAGCACUACUCUGAUGGACCAGCAACAGCAGAUCCUGGCUGCUGCAGCUGUGGCCUCUCAUAAUAAUGUUCAUGUGUCAGAUGCAGGACCCAUGUCCCACCGUUUACCAACACCUAGUGCCAAUCACGACCUCACCAAUGGCAGCAGUGACCCCACGCCCAAAAAGAAACCUCGUAAAUCAAGCAUGCCAGUAAAGAUUGAGAAAGAAGUCAUCGAUGUGGCUGAUGAAUAUGACGACAAAGACGAUGAUGACGACGAUAACAUGCACCAUAAUCACCACCAUCACCAGUCAUCUCUUCUUCACAACAAUGUCAAAAUUAACGGAAAUUGUAAUAGCAACAACAACAGCGCUAGUGGAAAUGGGAACCACAGUGGUGGAAGCGGGCAGCAAUCCCCUUCCCAGGAUGAGAUGAGCCCUGGUUUAGCUCUGAGAGGAAUGAUGAGACAAAGCGAAGAUGAAUGCCACGAAGGAAAUGGUAGUGACAGCAGAGGUGGAGCUGCUGAUCUACGCUGCAUGGACAGCUUUACCUCUGAGGAUCAGGACCACGAGAGAGACUUUGAGAAUGAGUCUGAAAACUCGGAUUCAAAGAUGUUUUACCGUGAUGAGCUGAUGGAUGUGGAGGAUCAGCAAAAGCACAGCAGGGUUGGAAGGAGACUGGAAAAGGAACAAGAUGAUGAGGGUAGCGAGGAAGCUCAUUUGAGAAAGGAAAUGGAAGGAAAGGGCAACUCCUCACCCUCCCCUCAUCACCCUCCCAUCAAGAUCAAAGAAGAACUCAACGAUCCAACUUAUGACAUGUUCUGCAUGGGCCAGUAUGGCUUCUAUAAUGGGGGCAUGGCAGCGGCUGCUGCCACUGCUGCAAGCAUGGCUGCGCUUCACGAGAGCUUCAUCACUUCGAUGGGCUAUGGUUCCAGCCCACCCAAAUUCCUUUCUUCUCGAUCACCAGAGGAAGAUCCAUGUUCAAGUCCUGACCCCAAGAUCUGCUAUGUCUGUAAGAAGAGCUUCAAGAGCUCCUAUAGCAUGAAACUGCACUACAAGAACGUGCACCUCAAAGAGAUGCAUGUGUGCACUGUGGCUGGCUGCAAUGCUGCUUUCCCUUCCCGGCGGAGCAGAGACAGGCACAGCUCCAACAUCAACCUGCACCGCAAACUGCUGACCAAAGAGCUGGACGACAUUGUCCUGGACCCCCAACUCACGCCACUGCCCAAGGACCUGCGAGCUGAGUUACUGGCCAAGAUCUACGCUGGACACUACAUGGGCUUGGACCCCAUGGCCGGCAUGGGCCUCGGAGGUGCCAGUCUCGGGCCUGCUGGGCUGAACCACAUUCCCUAUUCCCCCAUGAGUAAUGAUCAUUCUCACCAUCCUCUCAACCAAGACUUUCGAAACCACCACACCAACGGCUUCUCUCGGAGCCAGCCAGACGACUACAUGGUUUUGGACCUGAGCACCACAUCCAGCGUUCAAUCGAGCAGCAGCAUCCACUCCUCACACGAGUCAGAUGAGGGCAGCGAUGAAGGCAUCCUAUUGGAUGACCUGGAGGAAGAGGGAGAAGAGGAUGAGGGCAACAGCGAGGGAGAGGACUUUUCCCAGCGUGCCAUCGGGCGGGCUGAUAGGGCAUAUCGGGAUGAGAUGAGAGAACUAAAAGAUGGACAAAGUGAGGGGUUGGACCCUUCCUCCUCACCAUUCCUCCUUUCGUCCUCUGGAGGCAGUAAUGGCAGCAGCAGUGGGAUCCUCUGUAACAUCUGCCACAAAAUGUACAGCAACAAAGGGACCCUGCGUGUGCACUACAAGACUGUGCACCUACGCGAAAUGCACAAGUGCAAAAUCCCCGGUUGCAACAUGGUGUUCAGCUCUGUACGCAGCCGCAACCGACACUCUCAGAACCCGAACCUCCAUAAAAACAUGCCCUUCUCUACAAUAAUAGACUAAAGAAAUGACUUGUCACUCUGCCCUCCUGUCAGAAUGCCCGCUACUCCCUUCAUUCCUCAUCCUUAUUCCUCCUCAAAUUAGCUUUUAACCCCAGCCCAAGACCAUCAAAUACAAGCUAAAUGCCUGUAUGACCGUCCUUUGAACGUCAUUGCGAGACAUUUCUAUCUCCAUGUAUAAAAUUAAUUGACUCUAAAUACAGUUUAUUAUUGUGUCCUUUGACUUUUCCUUCUUUGGAAGAACAGGAUAACACUCUAGAGCAUGGAGAGUUGUGUUUUCAUAAGCCCCCUCCAUCCUUUCCUUUCUAACUUCUCCCACUUUGUGUUUAUUUCCAUCUCCAAAGGAUCCAUUCAAACUCUUAUUUGUGACUUUGCCUUCAGAUAUGAUAGUAUUGGAAAAAAAAACUUAAAAUGUUCUCGUUGUAUUUGUGUAAUGAUAGCUUUUAAAUGAACCCCUUACAAAAGCAUGAUAGCUUCAUUUGUAAAUAAUGUCCCAAAAGGCUUUUGGUGUAAAAGAGUUGUGUUGAUGGUUGUUUGCUUCUUUUUUUUCUCCCUUUUUGGGAUUUUAUGUUACAGUCCAGUAAAAUACUUCCAGCUAUAGGCAAGAAAGCGGUAGCAUCUUACUAGCUUGACUCAUUUAUGUUAGCUUCAAAGACACAUUUUAAACUGAGUCCUAAGGAAAAAAAUGAAUAUCACGUGACUUGUUUUAUCUACUUGUUAGAUAUUCAGAGGUUGCCGGCAUGCUUUUUUAGGCUCCUACACUGAUAUCAUUCUCUGUAUUUCUAUUGAUUUUUUUUUUGUCUGUUAUGUUUAUGAGCUUUAGUAUACCAAUUCAGUUUUUGCACUUUGCAUCUAUACAAGGGGAUGUGUAAUAUUAAUAUAAUGAGGAUUUUUUGCAAUGCUGAGUUUUAGGUGUUGUUUGGGGUCAUCGAUGGCUGCGGUGCCAAUGGAAGUGACAGUACCUUCAACAUACAACUUGUGCCAGUUUCUUUUUGCACGCGUUUCAAUGUCAAACCCAGUUUGAUGACAGAAAACAUCUCGCCUCCCUGAACAAAACCUGAGAUCUGCCCUCAUUGCUGAACCAUUUAUUCAGAAGGUGACAAAAGUGACUUCAAAACAAAACCAGGUUUGAUCAUUAUGAACUGCUGUUUCAUAAACACAAGGGAGUAAAUAUUGAUAAAGUCUCUCUUUCCUUAAAAGAAGCAAUGUGGGGUUUAACGCUUGCUUUCUGUAGAAGAAAGCAUGUUAGUCAGUGCAAGAGCUGGUGUUUGUUCUUACAAAAAGCAUCCUAAUGGAACAUACAGUCCCACAGAUUUAAAAAAAAAAAAAAGAGGAGAGGAAAAAUGAAAAUAGUCCUUCAACUGUGACCAAAAGAUAAGUGUUUGCUAAGAAAAGAAAAAGAAAAAAGAAGCUCUUUCAGUGUGACAUUGUACUUAAAUCAUGCCCUGUUUGAUUAAUAUGAUGCACUUGAGUCUUAAAACAUUUUGCUGUGAUAUUGCGCCAUUGGUUUCCAUUGCUGAGCAUAAAAAUGUUGCCAUGUUUUGUUUUGUUUUUUUGGCUGUUAGUUGCACCGAUUUGUAACAUGUCCAUGAGUGUCUUACGGUACAACUAUUUCCAGUAAUUGGGCAAAGUAGCCAAGGGAAGGGGUAUUUAUUAGAGGGUGAUGUAUCUCCAUAGAAAUGUUUUUUGUCCGCUAUAUUUUUCUUUGUAAAAAGACAAAAAAGUAGAGAUCGUUCCUCAGUUUGACUUAUUUCUCAAUGUAUUAGCAAUGCCAUGUGUUACUGUACAAGGAGAUCUACUCUUACUUGACUGGUGCUACACACAGUGGGAAAAUAUGCAGUGUUAUGCGGUGUGCUGUACAGUAUUCACAACACCUUACAUCCAUAACAGUGCUCAGUUCCACUUAUUUCAUACUUAGGCCAUUUUGCAAUACAGACAUGACCUAUUCUAUUGAAAUAUUUCAUGUCUUUUUUAAGACUCCACCCAUAUGACACAUGCAGUUUUUAGUUCUCUCUUCUCAGAGAUAAAAAAGCACGAGACAGAGAGAGCUGAGUCUGAUGGAAAGGUUGCGGAGGUGGGAGGCUGACUAGGGAGGAAAGGAUGACAGAAACGAUCAUUAAAAAUGUGCUGUUUCUCUGUUACCUGGAGGCGUCCCGCCAUUCCUGCUUCUUCUGUCUAAUAACUCACUUGUCACUACGUUACACUGCCAGACGCCAAGGUUGCUGACAAGACUGUGACACUGACGGGAGAAAAAGAAGAAAGAGCGUGCUUUGAACAAUUUAAUUUGACUCAUUCGCUUAAGUGUAAUUCAAUUCAUCUGAUCAUUUUCUUUGCACGCUUAUUCUUAGUCAAGGUCGCCGGUAAUUCAAUUCCUUUCUCUCACUCUGUUUUUCUCUUUGUCUGUCAGAGCGCAGGCAUUUAACAACCGCCUUACCCAUUUCUUCAAUCCGCCACUCACUUACCACCUCUACACGCCACAGCGCAGAUCCUACAGGGACACACGCUAAUAGUGUAUGCUUAAGUUCACUGGACGGCCAUGGCAUAGGAAAAAGGGAUGGGUAAUUGCCUGUUUAUCCCAAGUGAAGGGAAAAUUGAGUACAGGAACCCCUGCCUUCUCCCAGGAGUGGGUUUCACUGAGGCACUUGCUGCCUCAUUCACUCAUUCAAUCCCCGCGGCCCUCACUCUGCCAGAAAUAAAAAAGUGCUACUCCAGGAACCCUGCUGACAGCUGU